GAAAUCAAAGCGCGUUUGCAGGGAAAAGGCUGAGAGAGAGAGAGAGAGGGAGAGGGAGAGACUGUAGUGGAUACACACACUUCACAACCAAGAUGAAAGUUUGGGAGGUCGCUUUGUUAUUAUAAAGCUGCAGUUUUGUUGAACUCUUGCCGUUGUGUUCGGCUUCACUUGUCGCUUACAGUCAGCUGGUCUUGUUCAUUCGGUUAGCCAGUUAGCUAACUACUGAAAACUAACUACCUAGAACGAAGUUCACAAAGUUGCCUCUUUUUUCGCGCGUCGUUAGAGUUAGAAGCGUUCAGAGGUGCAUUAUCAGGUAAAUUACACUUCAUAGCAGUAAUUAUUCCGCCGUUAUGAUGCCUGAAUGUCCGUCUCGGACCGUCGAGGCGAGAAGCCGCAGCCGGCGGCAGGAAGGCGGUCAGAGCCGCUCCGGGUUACUGUGCGACAUCCACAGUGUGAUCCAGAGAGAGCCGUUCACCGAGCAUUACACUCUCAUCCCGGGGAAAGAGCUGGGCAGGGGGAAGUUUGCAGUGGUGAAGAAGUGUGUUGAGAAGAGCACCGGUCAAGAAUAUGCAGCCAAGUUCAUGAGGAAGAGGAGGAAGGGCCAGGACUGCAGAGCAGAGAUCAUUCAUGAGAUUGCUGUGCUGGAGCUGGCAUCAUCCUGCCACCGAGUGGUCAACCUGCAUGCGGUCUAUGAGAUGCCCAGCGAGAUGGUGCUUGUUCUAGAGUUUGCUGCUGGUGGAGAGAUCUUCAACCGCUGUGUGGCAGAGAGGGACGAGGCCUUUAAGGAGGAAGAUGUGAAGCGGCUGAUGAGGCAAAUCCUGGAGGGCGUAGCUUUUCUUCAUAAGAACAACGUGGUUCAUCUGGAUCUGAAGCCACAGAAUAUUCUCCUGACCAGUGACAAUCCUCUUGGGGACAUCAAGAUCGUGGACUUCGGCCUCUCCAGGAUGGUGAGCAGUAAUCAGGAAAUCCGAGAGAUCAUGGGCACACCUGAAUAUGUUGCCCCAGAGGUUCUUAAUUAUGAGCCCAUUAGCACAGCCACUGAUAUGUGGAGUAUCGGUGUACUUGCCUAUGUGAUGCUGACUGGUACGUCUCCAUUCCUGGGAGCCGAUAAGCAGGAGACCUUUCUCAACAUCUCCCAGAUUAACGUCAGCUACACAGAGGAGGAACUGGAAUGGCUGGACAAGGCGGCCAUCCACUUCAUCAAGUCCUUGCUCAUCAAGGAGCCUGAGGAUCGUGCCACUGCAGAGCAGUGCCUGAAACACCAGUGGCUACAAACACAGGAGCCAGAGUCUGCAGAGGAGAAGGGGAAGAACACAGCCUCCUCCAUCCCUGAACCAGUCAGCACAGCUGUCUCUACUCAGUGCAGUGACGAGGAUGUCGCGGAGGAAAGCAGACUGACGGAGGAGCUCAUCGUCAUGGCAGCCUACACUCUAGGGCAGUGCAGGCAGUCCUCAGACAAGGAGAGCCUGACCCCGGAGCAGAAGGCCAUCUCAAAGCGCUUCAAAUUUGAAGAGCCCUUCCCAGGCCUGCAGGAGGUGCCGGGAGAAUUCAUCUACUAAACCCCACGAUGGCCAGCCAGCCACUAAGCUCCAACUAACGCUGCACUUCUGACAAGUCUUUUGUUUUGUUUUGUUUUUUUUGUCUUCUUCUCAACUUUUAACCCACUUUGUUAAAUAUUUUUGUUUUUAUUUUUUUUAUGUUACUUUUCCUAGGUUUUUUGCUGUUUUAUUUUUAUGGAUUAUAUUAUAAAAGACUAAGCCUUUGUGUAUGGUGCUUAGUUCCUCUCUUUUGUGUGGUGUUUCCCCCUGCCUGUGCCAUGUUUAUUGAUCUGUGACAAUGUAGGCCAUCACAUCUCUCUUAUAUACAUGUCCUAUUCCUUGUUUUCCUUGCUUCCGUUUCCUUUAUCUAUUUCAUUACAUUUUCUUUGCCGUUUUGGUAAAUGUGUAUGUUGUUUGUGCAGGGGGAGAGCAGGGCUGGUGGAAUUAUGUAAAUUUAACUAAUUUUAAGAGUUAUGUCUAUACUUUUUAUGUUGUGUGUUCAGUUCCUGACAGGUUCUUGUUCUUGUUCUUGUCAGGCUGUACAAAUUCCCACAUGACACAAUGUAUAUUACUGCCUUUUUAAAUGUCCGUUUGUUGUGAAUUGGUCAGUGUAAAGAGUAUAUCUUUUGAACGACAACACGUUUGACAGUGAUUGUCCUGAUAUUGUAAAUAAAUUUCCUCUUUGAAGAA